CUUCCGAGUGCGAUUGACGUUUCAUUAUUGCGAGAAAUAACGAAGCACGUUGCUGAAGUGGAACCUCUGGAUCUCUCUCUCUCUCUGUCUCUGCGAUGGAGUUUCGCGUUUCCGUCAUUUGGAGCCUUCUCCUCAUUGUCUCUUUAUUCUCUCCUGAAAUCAAGGGUGAGGCUUCUGGUUCCGUCUUCUUCGUCGAUAGCUCCAGUAAUCAAUUCCUUCGCGCUAGAUCAUCCAACGAUGAGCAACCUUCAAUGUUGCUUCAAGAAGUUGGUGCUGCUGUGUCAGUCUUGCUUGGUUUUGCACCUCCUUCCACCUUUUCUGCUGCCAGCUCAUCCAAGUUGAAUGAGGUUCUAAUUCCUAACCCAUUCAAGAGGCCCCGUGCUGUGUUUUUGCUGGAAGUAAAUGGAAUCAAUGCUCUUGGAAAAAUUGUCCAGGAUAAUCCAAUGUUCAGCAAUUCAUUUUGGAGUACAAAUUCAGAUAAAGUUGGCAUUCAACUUCCAGAUGAAACUGAUGUUUCUGUGGUUUCUUUGGAUGAACAACUGGAAGACUGGACUGACAAAGAAAUUAGUGAUUUUUCUUCUUUGAUAGGUGGGUCAUAUGCUCCUGAUGCCCUUGAGCCAUUAAAUGGAGUGCUUACCAUUCCAUUGGCAAAUGGUGCCUCAGUGAAUCUCCAUAUGUCAAAGAAAGCAGAAAGGAAGUUCAUCGUAGGUCUUAUGUCUCUCACACAUAAUGUCCAAAGAGCAAUUCAAAUGCAUGACAAUUUAUCACAGAGUGCAAAGGGUCCUGCUGAGUUGUUAACUGGAUGCUUUAAUGGCAUUAAGGUUUUGCAAGAGCAAUAUGAAACUGAAAGUAUUGCUCAGCAUGGAGUUGAAUUGUUGUAUGCAACUAUGACAAAGAUAUUUAGUUCAUUGCAAGAAGCAUACAAAGGUCAAAUUGUUGGAAUUAUAUACUGUCAUGUGGCCACUACUCAAGAGUCGGGCAAGAAGUUUGAUGUGAUCUUUACUCCUCACCAUCCGUAUGCUCGAUGGUUGGCAGAAACAAAUGCAGUGAAUGCAACAUUGCCAGAAGUGGUGCUGGUUAGGAGAACCCUUGCUUGGGUAACAGGAAUAAUAUUGCUCAUUUCAACCUUUAUGGGGAUAUGCUACCUCAUGAAUAUGCCGCUUACAAGGGACACGCUUCUAUAUUCUAAUGUCAAGCUUGAUUAGGCAUGGAUCAUGGUGCGUACGAAGACGAAUCUUUUCAACCAACGAAUGGACCGGUGUAGCCAAUUACUAUAUUCAUAAUAUGAGGUAUUGGAAACUAGUCCAAUCAGGAUUUGGGUCUUAGAGGAUAGGGGAUUAUUGUACCGAUGUUGUUUAAAUGUGAAGCAUUGUGCCCCCGUGUUUAAUCAGGACGUAGAUAGUCAUAGUAGAUGUGUUAUUAUUCCAGCCAUUUAUUUACAAUAAUGGGUGUACCCCGUGGUUGUCAUUUUGAUCCAAAUUAUUUCAAUUUUAUUGUAAAAUAAUGAAAUUUGCCUUCCUGUUUCUGAAUAAUGAGCAGAGCAUUAUUUUCAUAUAACACGAGCUCACCAUUUGUUGA